UUAGCGGUUAGAGGAAAAAUUACACGUUUGGUGUAUUAACCGACAAGUUGUCGGCUGUGCUACAUUGACUGACUGAUAUUUCAAUAUGCAUGAUAAAUAUGAGUGUGUUUACACGGGUUAUUUAGGCUAGCUAACAUGGGAGUAAUAAAACAUACCGGUUGGUCUUCCCCAAGCCUGCUUGCUAAUUUAGCGAGCUAGCGAUGGCCAGGUUAACACAACUACAGGUUUAGUUAGCAACCAUAGCUAAGUAUAGUUACUUUGAAUACUCAACCCUAUUACAGGUAAUGUUAGAAAAUAGGAAUUGCUCGUUCGUUUGAAAUUAUACCGCAGCAUCGUGUCCUUGUUUCGUUGAGCUAACUAAUUGUUCUUGCAACCUGCUUUUAAUGACUUUCCGUAUGGUUGCUAGCUUGGGCUUCAUGUCAGCCGGUCCUAAUGUGACUGGUCUCCUCGAUUUUCAUAGGUGGUUUUUUUAUUUUUUUUUAUAACAACAGUUAUUGCAGUGCGUGUUCAUGCAGUUGAUCAAGCUAUGGACCAGGUUAACAAAAGAUAAUGUAGAUGAAGCACCUUGUAGCACUUCCUUCGGUUGGAAGUCCUGCUCGGUUAGCUCAGCUGUGCGACUGAGCCCUCCCUUUCUCAGUGAGCAUGCGCGCCGUAGCUUGUAAACAAUGAGACCAUUCCAGACUAUCCAUAGCAUUGUGUCUGUUUGAACCUUUUUUUUUUUUUACGUUUAAAUAAAUCAUUAUUUGCAGCAUGAGUACCAGAUAUAACGGUAAUUUGUGGUAGCUGCAGCAUGGAGACCACCCUGAGCAGGCUGCAGGGCCUGAGUGCGGAUGAACUGCGCGAUGAGCUCAUCAAGGCCAACCUCAAGUUUGGCCCCAUCACUGCCACCACCCGCGCCAUCUUUGAGAGGAAGCUGGCCCGAGCUUUGGUGAAUGAAGAUGGCAGCAGCAGUAGUAAUGGUGCUUCAGAAACUGGCAUCAGCGCCAGCACAGGCUCAGGCACUGACUCAGGCACUGACUCGAGGACCCCAGCCAUGGGGGCAUCCGACCCUGAGCCACAAGCCAGGUGCAGGCCCUGUGCCCCGUCAGUAUAUGCAGAGCCGCAGGCCAGCGAGGACAGUGACUUCGGCUAUGCCAUGGGGCUCAACCCGCCCGAGGAGGAGGCUCUGACUGAGGAGACGGCAGCGGCGUCGGGCUGCAUUAGGGCGGAGGAAGCUCAGACUGAUGGGCAAACGCCCUCCAAACCCACACAAGUCUCACCAUCCUUCUACUAUGGCGUGUGCCCGCCAUGGGAGGACAUGCUGGUCAGGACUGAAAGAGUACAUGUGUACGGCGAUAAGAAAGAGGCUCUGCACGCGGUGAAGAUGAUGAAAGGGGCUCGAUUUAAAGCCUUCGCCAGCCGGGAGGACGCAGAGAAGUUUGCCAAAGGGGUCUGUGAUUACUACCCGUCUCCCAGCAAAGCCAUGCAAUGCGUCUCGCCUGUCAAACCAGGCCUCUUUACUAAGGACAGUAGCUCUGCGAUGGAGACGGAUACAAUCAACAGGGAGAAGGCAAACAGUUUCAAGAGCCCGCGCACGCAGGACCUGACGGCCAAGCUGCGGAAGGCCGUGGAGAGGGGUGACGAGGUAGCCUUUGCUGAGUUGGUCUGGAGCAAUCCACGCUAUCUCAUCGGCUCAGGGGAUAAUCCCACGGUGGUGCAGGAGGGCUGCCGUUAUAAUGUGAUGCAUGUGGCUGCUAAGGAGAACCAGGCCGGGGUGGCCCAGCUCCUGCUGGACACGCUGGAGAACCCCGAGUUCAUGCGUCUCAUGUACCCCGACGACAAGGAGGACAUGCUGCAGAGACGCAUCCGCUACAUCAUGGACCUGUACCUCAACACUCCAGACAAAGCUGGCUUUGAGACACCACUCCACUUCGCCUGCAAGUUUGGCUGCCCAGAGGUGGUGAAUGUUCUCUGUUCCCACCCUGACAUUGACAAAAAUUGCAGGAACAAGUACGACCAGAAGCCAUGCGAUGUCAUAUGUGAAAGGAAAAACAAAACUCAAGAAGUGAAGCAGAAGAUCUGUGAAUAUUUAGAAGAUCGCUGUUAUGUGCCCUUAUUGAGAGCGACCGACAACUCCUCCCAGCCUGUGAUUGGAACUCCAUGGUCACCUGAGCCAUCUGAGCCUUUGGCCUCCAUGAUGUCUAGAAGUCCUAUGGACCCAGUCAUGGCUGUCAAGGCUUAUGCUGGGCCGCUGAGUCCAUCAAAGGCCGACGAGUUUCGGAGAGCCUGGAAGACGCCGCCUAGAGAUCGUGCCGGACACUUCCAUCACAUCCGGAAGUCUGACCCCGACCGAGGGGCCGAGAGAGUAGGCAGAGAUCUUGCUCAUGAACUGGGCCAUCCCUGGGCAGAGUACUGGGACUUCUUGGACGCCUUUGUCGACAUGGCGUCCGCAGACGGCCUCCGAAGGUUGGAAGAGCACCUGAGCAAGAAAGACUUUAGCGAGCGUGCCCACCAAGAGACCGGAGAAAAUGAAACCAGCAACAGGUUCAGAACUCCAUCUCCAGGCAAACAAAAAAAGUUCUGCAACUCCAUCUCUGUGGGCGCCUUCCUCGACGAGGGCGACGACUUGAGCCUGGAGGAGAUGAAGAACCGGCAGAACGCCGCCCUCACCAGCGUCUGCUCCAAGGACAGCCUAAAGGGCGCCGUGGGCGGCCGCGAGUUCCACAUCCUGCCCGUGUCGCGCAGCGCCGAUCUCAUCGAGACGGCUGCCGAGCAGGACCUCCUCUGCACAGACAAGAGCCUGAUCUCCGCCAGCCGGAACGGCCUGUGCCCGCCCGCCGCCGACAGGACUCCGAACGGGGAUAAGGGCUCGCCCCGCGGCCCGUCCUCCUGCCUGCUGUCCCCCAUGUCCAACCUGAUGGUGGAAUUUGAACGCAUGACACUCCUGGACGAGGCGGAGCGGCAGCCCAGGGAGCGGCGGCAAAGUGGCGGGGGCUCCAGGCAGAGGGAGCUCCUGAGGGACUUGCACACGGGAGCGGAGCUGAUCUCCAGCGUGGGCCGCCUGUCGCUGGGCUCCGGCGACGACUCCGUGUUCGAGAGGAGCUGCCCGGAGCGCGAGUGCGGCUCGUGGAAGGGGCUAUGCGGGAGGGACGGGCUGGACAAGGGGGACAGGAGGCUGGAGGAGAGGGGCAGCUCGGGGUCAGAGGAGUACGUGUCGGCGGAGGAGAGCCUGGAGGGUGGGAGUCAGAGGACUAGGGGGCCCGUGGUGGAGCGCACACUCUGCUCCAGGUCCAAGUCGUGGGACCACGGAGGCCGAGAUAUGAGCAGCUCGGGGUCGUCCGGCUCCUACAAAUCAAUGGACUCCCCUGACUUCCUAUUAAGGACGCCGCCCCGAUUUAAAAAAUGUCUUUUCAUUGAAGGGGAUUCGCCAACCAAGCUGGACAGAGAAGUGCUGUCUGCAGUAGAAGCCAUAGAUGUGGAUCCCCUGAAAUACCCCUCUAUUCACAAAUGGAAGAGCACAAUGCUAACAUACUCCCCGUCUGAGAUGCAAAGGUGGCUGACCCCAGCCGUUGUGCGAAGGCAUCCCAAGGUUCAGACAUUCACCCCGGGCUCCCCCAUCAGCAGCCUGGCCUCGCCCCUGAGCCGCUGCAGCCCCUCCCGGUACACCCAGGGCUCGCCAGACAUCGGCAGCCCCGGCCGCUACAGCCCAGCCCACGCCAGCUUCAUCCAGCGCCUUCGCUUCAAACACUUCAGUGACCCUCCCAUUUAAACUGCACCAGCCCCCACCCCUACUGCACACCUGCCAACCCGGGUGACUGCAUACUGGCUUAAAUCAUAUCAGAAAUAUGCACAAGUGUCUUGAGGGUUUGUAUUAACAACAUGGUACUCCGACAUGCGAUGUACAGUUUUCUUUUUUUUUGGAUGUAUGUUCAGAUUUUUUCAAAUGAGUCUCUUUACAGUGUAUGUAUGAGUGUGAGCUUUGUCAAAAAUGACAGUAAUAAUAUUAUUUAUAGUUCAUGGUGACAUGCACUCGUGUCCUCGCUCAAAAAAAAAGAAAAGAUUUUAUCGUUUUAAAAUGGAGAAAAAUAAAGAAAAAAGGUUACAUAGGAAUUUCAGAAGAUCCAAUGCAAAUCCUUGUGUGGAUGCAUUGCUUGAAAAUAGUUUGUAAAAGUCUAAGCUUAAUGUGAGGAGGAAAAAAGUGUGACGUUAUUUUUCGGUAUAUCACUCACGUAGCACAAAAGGAGAUUGUUUUUGUUUAUGUGUGUAAAUGACUGCCAGUUCCGGAUUUUAAGUUCUUGAGUUUGAGAAUUGCCUUAAUUUUUUCUGAGAUGAGGGACCAGCCUCCAGUCAGAAUUUGCCACACCAUGUCCAGAAACAGCCAAUCAUGUUUUACCAAUGCCUCCCUGUCCAUAUUUUUAAAUCCAAUAAAUGUACAUUUUUGUAGAUACCUGAA